GUUGAGUCAUGACUGUGUAACAGGACACCAGAGCUGCUUUGCUUUUCACUGUGCACAAGAAAGCUGGGUCCACAAAUACCUGCCAGCUGAAGCAGACCGUUUAAAAGUAAACUAAACUAAAUUAAAACUCGAAGGAAGCAACGCUACAGUCACCAUGAGGCUCUGUUUGAGGAUUGUCUCCCUUCUUUUUGUUGUUACUGGGACUUUAACACAAGACGGAUUUGACCUCUCCGAUGCUCUCGGUGACGACGAAGUACCACUUACACCUGCGAAACCCAAAGAGGAACCGAAGGCCCCAGAGGAUCCUAAAAGUGGUGGUGGGCUCGACCUUUUCGAUGCAUUAGCACCAGAUGAGCCCAAACCGACCCCUAAGCCGCCCAAGAAACCGAGCUCAGGAGAUGCUGGUGGUGGCGACGGAUUUGAUCUGGGGGAUGCUCUGGGUCCAGACCCCAACCCCAAACCUGACAAACCUGUAGUGAACCCACCACCCAGCGGAGGAGGUGGAGGAACUUUCGAUAUCAACGACUUAGCUGAUGCUGCUGGUGAUGGCUACAAGCCCGAUGAAAGCCCAGGAGGAGGUGGUGGCUCGAACCCCGGCUACGAAUCUAACGAUGGUGCUGAAGAGCCUCAAGCAGCAGCAGGGUCUGGAAAGAUUGCAGGGAUUGCCAGCGCCAUAGGAGUGGCUCUGUUGGGAGCAGCGACAAGUUACUUCGCCUACCAGAAGAAGAAGCUCUGCUUCAAGAUACAAGGAGGUGUAGAUCCAGAGAGCGCUAAAGGCCAACACGGUAAUCAGUCUGAUCCUCAAGUUUUCAGCAAUCUGCUCAGGACGUCCUAGACACAGCGUCUGAUUUCUACACAAGAAAAGUCAGUGGCCUUCUCUACAAAGCGUACCUUCAACCAACCUCCAAUCAACGGUCAUAUUUCUCUGGGUCUUUCUUAAGCCUUAUUAAACAACCUAAGGAAGCAGUGUGUAGGAUUUAGGGUGCAGAAAUACUAAUAUUCCCAAACAUGUUUUAUAAUCACUAAGAAUGUUUUCAUGAGCUUUCAAUGUGCCCUUCAUAUAGGGAGUCUACAUAUCGCCCCGCAAUGAUUCAACAGCGUUCAUCAAGUUUUUUUGGUCCUUGAAGGCCACCGUAGUUUGCAUGUCACUAAAUCGCACACACCUUUAAAUCUAACUUGAAAAUAAAUAUGGCACUUAUGUUUCAUCACUCUUCCGUUCACUGCUGUCAUCACUAAGAUGAUAAUAGUUUGUGUGUCACUACUGAACACAUGAAAUCAUUGUCCUGUUUUAACAAAUAAGUGUUUCUUUUUGCGGUGUCUACCAAUGUUGUAUUUCCCCACUCCAACAUUUCUUUGUUCUUUUUGUUUUUUGUGAAGCGACCCUUUAAUGUACACCUCAGUCUGCCUAAAUACGGGGGAUUUUCAAAUUGAGCCCCUCCCUCCCGAGUUUAUGUAUUUAGUUUGGUCUCUUUCUGUUUCAAAGUCUUCCGUAAAAAAUGAUUUGGCUUUUUCAAAAUAAUAGUAACUAAGAACAUACGGGCUUUAGUUCUUUGAGUAAGGCUUUUAUUGUGAAAUGUUUAUCACAGAAAGCUUUGGUUUCUUAUUGAUGGUAGCUUAACAGCAUUUUCUUUAGAAUGAAUAAUAUAAUAAUUAUUUCAUUUUGUACAGAUAUUAAUCUACAGCAUGGUACAGGCAUGUUUUACCUUGUAUGACAUUAUCAUCAUGUAACUGGAUGCAAAUCCAGCGGAAGGAGCUUUUAAUAUGAAAUGCUGAUUGUGAUAUGGGUUUCAUUUUAAGAUCUAAUAAAUGUAGACAGUGAUGUGGUAAAUGCUUAAAAUCUUUUGCAUUGCAUAUGUAAAUGUAACAUACAGUAGAAGCUUUUCGUUUGUUGUGUUUGAUUGUCAUUUGAUUCCUUGAAGUUUGACUUUCUUUAUGUCUUAUAUUGACAAAGAAUCUCAUGUAUAAUAUGAAAGGUGCUACAGAGAAUUAGCAUCAUUAGCUCAUGGUUUGCUAUUACAGCCCAUGCUAGCAUCGUUAGCAGCUAGCUACAUCAUUAACAUAACCACUAUAUAAGGUUUAAUGCUCCCAGCUUCACAACAAACCAUGAACAAGACUAAACUUUGAUUUCAGAAAUAAUGUUUUAGGAGUCAAUCGUAGACAGAUGAUUUUUUGCAGGCUGCCUAUCUUAUCAGUUUGACUUCAUGCUGAUGCACUUUUUGUCGCAGUUAUGAUAAUCAGAAUCAGGUUUUAUCCUCAGACUCGCCCAUGAGUCAUGCCUUUAUUGCAAAGUAUCAUAAAUCAGAAUGAUUGCCUGAGGGGAUUGUUGUUAUGAUGCUGAAAUAUGAGAGUGUGAGCUGUAAAUACUGGAGGAUGUGGAUAAAUGAUGCUUUCAGCUUUUACACCAUGAUCUGCUUUAAAGUGUUUUUGGGAGGUUUUUGUCAUGUCAUUUACAAGCUUAGAUCUAAUCCGGGUAUACUAAGUCUGAUAUGUGUGUGAGUUUUUCAAUAAAGUGGUGUUGU